UUUACAAGAAUUUCUAUGAUCGGACAAUCCGCAGCGGCCUCUGAGCAGAUCAGACUCUCCUUGUUCCCGCACUUCGCUCGGCUCCUUCCGGCAGCCAUGUCUGACAAACCCGAAAUGGCUGAGAUCAAGAAAUUUGGUAAGUCGAAAUUGAAGAAGACAGAAAUGCAAGAGAAAAAUCCUCUGCCUUCAAAAGAGACGACUGAACAGGAGAAGCAAGCUGGCGAAUCGCAGUGAGGCGAGCGCCGCCAAUACGCGCUGUACAUUCCACAAGCAUUGCCUUCUUAUUUUCCUUCUUUAGCUGUUUAACUUGGUAAGAUGCAAAGAGGUUGGAUCCAGUUUAAAUGACUGUGCUGCCCCUUUCACAUCA